UCUCUCUCCUCCGCCACUCCCGUCCCGAGUCCUCGCCAGCAGCAGCAAGCACACUCCGCUUCCCCUACCCACUCCCUCGCUCACUUCCCCCAAUCCAUCAUCCUACCCUCCCCGCCGUGCGCGCGCGGGCGCUAGGGGUUUGGGGAUCUCUUGCGGCGCUCCCGUGAUCCGGGCCGAUCCGCUCGCCGCCGCAUCGUCGUCAGGCGUUAGGGCGCGCCGCCGCCGCCCGAUCCGCUCCCUACCGCGGCGAAUCGGGGGACGCUGCGAGUGGGCGGGUAGCCCGGUGCCCUGCUAGCCUCCAGCGCUCGCCGGGCCGGGCAAUGACCCGGAGCGACCGGCGGCGGCGGCGAUGAGGGGCGUCGCGUGGUGGGCGGUCCUGUUCGCGGCCUUGGGUGCCGCCCGAGGGGACGGCAUCCUCCCCGCGCUCGCGUUGGCGCCUGAGCCACGGCACGAUGACCGCUUCGCGCUGGUUCCUGUUGAGGCCGGUGGCGGCGGCGAUGGCGGCGAGGCCACGGCAGGGCUGCGCGGGGAGCUCCCAUGCCAGACGUACUCGGCCAACUCCAGGACCUGCGAGCAGUUGAACGGCUCCGGGUCGUUCAACACCUCCUGCGUCAUCAGCUCGAGCUCCUCGCUGGACGGCGAUCUAUGCGUGUACGGCGACGGGAGCGUGGAGAUUCGGCCCCACGUGAAGAUCAUCUGCCCUGUCAGGGGAUGCUACAUCACCGUCAAUGUCUCUGGGAGCAUAACGAUCGGUGAGCACGUCGAGGUGAUUGGGGGCUCAGUCAGCUUUGAUGCGGCCAAUGUGACGUUGGACCACCACUCGACCAUCAACACCACCGCUCUCGCCGGGGAGCCCCCUCCCCAGACGAGUGGGACGCCGCACAGCCUGGAAGCGGCUGGCGGAGGGCAUGGUGGGAGGGGCGCGUCAUGUAAGGUGUCCAAUGACACCAACUGGGGAGGCGAUGUGUAUGCAUGGUCAACAUUGGCGUGGCCCUGGAGCUAUGGCAGCAUGGGUGGCAGCAUGUCCGCUGAUCAGCAGUUUGGAGGGUAUGGAGGAGGCCGUGUCAUGCUUAGGGCGAGGGACUUUAUGAAUAUUGAUGGACAUGUGCUUGCUGAAGGUGGUGUUGGCAGCCUCAAAGGAGGCGGCGGGUCUGGCGGAAGCAUUAUAAUACAUGCUUUCAAGCUAUAUGGAAAUGGUACAAUAAGUGCUGCUGGUGGUAAUGGAUGGGGUGGUGGUGGUGGUGGGAGGAUAUCUCUGGAUUGUUACAGCAUUCAACAAGACCUGGAAAUUACAGUUCAUGGUGGCCAGAGUUUCGGGUGUGCUCAGAAUGCUGGUGCAGCAGGUACAAUAUAUGAUAGUUCAUUACAGACUCUCAAGGUGAGCAAUGGAAAUUUCACGACACACACAGAAACUCCAUUGCUUGGUUUCCCAAUGACUAGACUUUGGUCUAAUGUGCUUGUGGAGUGCAAUGCACGAGUGCUGGUUCCCUUGUUGUGGUCCAGAGUACAGGUGACAGGUCAAAUUAGACUGCUUAGUAAGGGCAGUAUCUGCUUUGGGUUAUCAGAAAAUCCAAUAUCAGAAUUUGAGCUGGUAGCAGAAGAGCUUUUAAUGAGUGACUCUGUGAUAAAGGUCUACGGAGCUUUCAGAAUGUAUGUCAAAGUGCUCUUGAUGUGGGAUUCAAAUAUUCAGAUUGAUGGUGGGGCUAAAGAUGUUGUUCUUGCAUCUAUGCUUGAGGCAAGAAACCUUGUAGUCCUCAGGCAUGGUUCCGUGAUAUCUUCCAAUGCUGAUUUGAUGGUCUAUGGGCAAGGACUUCUUAACUUGAGUGGCCCUGGCGAUGGAAUCAAAGCCAGACGACUGUUUCUCUCUCUAUUUUACAACAUUGAAGUUGGUCCUGGUUCCCUUGUUCAGGCUCCACAUGAUGAGGCAGUUCAAAGUAGCUUGGAUGCACUUUCACGCUGUGAAAGUAAAACAUGUCCUAGUGAGCUUAUUACCCCACCUGAUGAUUGCCACGUUAACCGCUCCUUGUCGUUUACACUGCAAAUUUGUCGGGUUGAAGACAUAACUGUCAGUGGCAUUGUCAGGGGAAGUAUAAUCCAUAUUCAUCGAGCAAGGACUGUGACCAUUGCAAAGGAUGGCACCAUUAGUGCCUCAGAGUUAGGUUGCAAGGAAGGCAUUGGAAAAGGAACAUUUCUAAAAUAUGGAGCUGGAGGUGGCGCUGGGCAUGGAGGCCAAGGCGGCAUGGGGAUUUACAAUGGAAUGAAAAGCGAUGGAGGUCUAGCAUAUGGCAAUGCUGAUCUUCCAUGUGAGCUAGGAAGUGGUAGUGGUGGUUCUGCUGUGUCAGCGGAUAGCACUGCCGGUGGGGGAUUAAUUGUCAUUGGGUCCAUGAAAUGGCCGCUUUCAAGGUUGCUAAUUUAUGGCUCAAUGAACUCUGAUGGUGAGAGUCAUAGAGGCAUGACUGGAAACUCAAAUGGGACUUUUAAAGGUGGAGUUGGUGGUGGUUCUGGAGGGUCAAUUCUAUUAUUUCUUCAAGAUCUUCUGCUAGAUAAAAACUCAUCAUUAUCCGCAUCUGGUGGCAAUGGAGGUGUAUAUGGUGGCGGAGGUGGUGGUGGUGGCAGAAUACAUUUCCAUUGGUCGAAUAUUGCUACUGGAGAUGAAUAUGUUCAGAUUGCUUCUGUGAAUGGUACAGUAGCAUCAAGUGGAGGAUCUGGUAACAAUGAUGGACGUUUUGGAGAAGAUGGAACAGUAACAGGAAAGAAAUGCCCCAUGGGUCUAUAUGGAACAUUUUGCACCGAAUGCCCAGUUGGUACAUAUAAAAAUGUUACUGGGUCCUAUUCAUCUCUGUGCACUCCUUGUCCUGUGGAUAGUCUUCCAAACCGUGCUGACUUCAUAUAUAUAAGAGGUGGUGUUACCCAGCCGCCCUGCCCAUAUAAAUGCAUAUCUGAUAAGUACAAGAUGCCAAACUGUUACACACCACUUGAGGAACUUAUGUAUACUUUCGGUGGUCCAUGGUCUUUUGCAAUUAUCCUCUCUUUUACAAUUAUUCUUUUGUCACUUAUCUUGAGUGGUCUAAGAAUUAAGAUUGGUGAGAGUGAUAUCACCUACCGGGCAACAAAUGCAAUCCACAAUGAUGGAUGCUCUUCUUUCCCUUUUUUGCUUUCUUUGGCUGAGGUUCCUGGGGCUAGCAGGGCAGAAGAAACACAGAGCCAUGUCCACAGGAUGUACUUCAUGGGGCCUAAUACUUUCCGGGAACCCUGGCAUCUCCCCUACUCUCCUCCUGAUGCAAUAAUUGGAAUUGUUUAUGAAGAUGCUUUCAACCGAUUUAUUGAUGAGAUCAAUUUGGUGGCUGCAUAUGAGUGGUGGGAAGGAUCUAUACACAGUAUACUUUCUGUUCUUGCAUAUCCUUGUGCCUGGUCCUGGAAGCAAUGGUGCAGAAGAAAAAAGAUCCAUCGUCUUCAGGAGUACGUUAAAUCUGAAUACGACCAUUCAUGUCUUCGUUCUUGCAGGUCCCGGGCUCUCUAUAAAGGCCUGAAGGUUGGUUCAACCCCAGAUUUGAUGGUUGCUUACAUAGAUUUCUUUCUUGGGGGUGAUGAGAAACGACUUGAUGUAGCAUCCACCAUUCAGAAGAGGUUUCCCAUGUGUCUAAUUUUUGGUGGUGAUGGAAGCUACAUGUCUCCAUACUACCUGCAUAGUGAUACAUUGCUAUCGAACCUUCUUGGCCAGUAUGUAUCGACUGCUAUCUGGAAUAGAUUAGUCGCCGGUUUGAAUGCUCAAUUGAGGACAGUAAGACAAGGAAGCAUCCGCUCAACAUUGGGCCCUGUUGUUUCUUGGAUCAACAGUCAUGGGAAUCCCCAACUUGAGAGGCAUGGUGUUCGAGUGGAGCUAGGGUGGUUCCAGUCCACUGCUUCUGGAUAUUACCAGCUAGGUAUUGUUGUAGCUGUGAAUGAGAACUUCUACAAGAGUCUCCACCCCCACGAGCAUGGACCAGAAUUCUGCGAACGCUCGAGGAAGAACAUUGCAGUUCUACUUCAGGAUUUCAACCAGGCAAAUCAGGAUCAGCCUUGCACAAGCUAUACUGUUUCUAGGAAGCGGUUGACAGGCGGAGUGAAUGGUGGGAUUAUAAAUGAGGGAACACUCAAGUCUCUAGAUUAUAAAAAAGACUAUCUCUUCCCUUUCUCAUUGUUAUUGCAAAAUUUCAGGCCUAUAGGAUAUGCGGAAACAUUGCAGCUGCUCAUUUGUAUUGUACUUCUGGGUGAUUUUUCCAUCACCCUGCUCAUGCUUGUACAGUACUACUGGAUAUCUGUUGGAGCUUUUCUUGCCAUACUGCUCAUUCCCCCUCUUGCUUUGCUUUCACCUUUUCUUGCUGGUCUCAAUGCACUUUUCAGCCGAGGACCAAAACGAUCCUCUGUGACCCGUAUUUUUGCACUAUGGAACAUUACUUCAGUUAUAAACAUUAUUGUAUCAAUCAUAUAUGGUGCUUUGUAUUUUUGGCUCUCUUCGUUGGCGUUGUCUUCACAUCAUCAUGUAUACAAUGGAAAAAGCUUUAAGAGUAGGGAAGACAAUGAAUGGUGGAUACUACCUAUCAUCCUUUUUCUUAUCAAGUCACUACAAGCUGGACUUGUCAACUGGCAUGUCGCGAAUUUGGAGAUCCAAGACUAUACGUUGUUUAGCCCUGACCCUGAUAGAUUCUGGGCAAUGUAGCCGCGUGCUGCAUGCUAAGAAUGGCAGAAAGUAUCAAUUGGUUGAUGAGGACAAGCUGCAUUUUGUUUUUUCUAUUUCCAUCUGUCCGAUGCAAUUUCUGUAUCCGAAGAAUUGGCCUGACAUGCUAAGACCUGGAACUUCCUCCUAUUUCUGGGAGCUCUCCAGCUUAGUGCAGAUAUGUGGUUGGGUGUUUAGGAUAGGUCUGUUUCCUUGCCCCGUGAGAAGUAGAUUUCUACAUUUUCUUAGGUUGAGAUUCACCCGGUGAUUUGAGUGUACAGCGAGAAUCCAGUGAAAUUGGUGUCCUGGUGGUGUACAUUCUUGUAAGUAAUAGUAAGCUCAGUUGAUUCAAUUGUAAACAGUUAAUUUUUUUUUCUUUAGCUUUACUUUCUGCAAGUGCGUGUUGCAAAUUGCCCUGCUUGGUUGGAAGCUGAAUGGAUGUGCCUCAGAGUUACAGCAUCGUUAAGAAUUCUGAUGUUGCUUUCUGAGAUUGCUCCCGAUACUCUCAAAUUUUAAUUGUAGUUAUUGUAUUA